GAUGUUUUUCCCCAGGUGGGUUUCAGUGAAAAACCCUUCUAUGCUUAAAGGCAGCAAAUAACAUUUAAGAAAUUGAAGUGUUUGUAUUUCAUAGAGAAUAACACCUCUAACUCUUCAAAUGCAGCAAUGUACAAAAGAAAUGUUGCUCACUGUAUGGAACCUUGGAGCACCUUCUGUUGUCCAUUUUUGAUUAAAAAAAUAAAUAAACUGAAACUGCAUAUUUUUAAAGACCAAAGAACUAUCUGGAAGAAAUAGUAACCAUUAGAAAUGGCAAUGCUGAACCGCACAGAGGUCAGUGAGUUCAUCCUUUUGGGCCUCACCGAUAUCCAAGGUCUACAAUACUUUUUCUUCAUCUCCUUCCUGUUGCUCUACCUAACUAGUCUUCUGGGAAAUGGUGUCAUUGUGACCAUGGUGAUAUCUGAGCCACGGCUCCACACACCAAUGUACUUCUUCUUGGGGAACCUUUCCUGCCUGGACAUUUUUUACUCUACAGUUACUGUUCCCAAGAUGCUGACUGGUUUUCUCUUUGGGCAUCAGCCUAUUUCUUUUGCUGGGUGCUUAGCCCAGCUCUACUUCUUCCACUUUCUGGGCAGUACUGAGGCUGUGCUCCUGGCCACCAUGGCUUAUGACCGCUAUGUGGCCAUUUGCAACCCACUGUGCUACACCCUUGUCAUGAGUCAAAGGACUUGUCUGCUGCUGGCUGUGGCCAGCUGGUCCAUUGGUUUUGUACAUGCCAUGAUGCAUUCAAUUAUGACCUCUCAACUGAGUUUCUGUGGGCAUAACCAAAUUCAUCACUUUUUCUGUGAUAUCAAGCCACUGUUGUAUUUGGCUUGUAGUAGUACCAGCCUCAACAUGAUCCUCCUUAAUGUUGUCACCACAUCUAUUGCUCUAGGCCCAUUCAUUCUCAUAGUCCUUUCCUACCUAUACAUCAUCUCCUUCCUCUUACAGAAAGUCCAGUCUCAGGAAGGAAGAUGGAAGCCCUUCUCCACCUGUGCCUCUCACCUUACUGUUGUGGCACUACUGUACAUACCACUAUUCUUCAAUUAUACACCUCCAUCCUUGAGCAGCUCCUCUAUAACAGACAUGCAGGUGUCUGUCAUGUACAGUGCUAUCACCCCAGCUAUGAACCCCUUGAUCUACACUCUUAGGAACCAGGAGGUGAGAUCUGCCCUGAAUAAAACAUUAGGGAGAAAACUCUCCUGGUGGAAAGUGACCAAAAGAGGAACAAAAUUCAGAAUGUAAUUACUCCACCAUUCAUAUUUACAAGAGAUCAAGAGGAUGCUGUAUUACAAGAGGCUAAAAAAUCACUCAUUAUCUCAUGUAGUUCAGCACAUUACAAUUUAAUUGAUUAGAUGUAAAUCAGGGGAAAUAUUCAAGGCCUUGGUGUUUAUUCUGUCAGUGUAGGUGUCUUUUAUUGUAGCCCAUCUAGUCUCCAGCAUCCAGUACAGAAGCAUGUUUGUCUCUUGCAGGAUAUGAGCCAAAGCUGACAGUCCCAUUCAGUAGUCCUGGAAAAUACAAAGUAUUAUAGUAUUACUUGAUGGCUCUGAUUAGGAAGCUCACACUCUGUAUAUCCCUAGAGAGCUAGUAUGUGUUACAUUCUGGAUGUUGCAUAGCCUGAGAAUUUUGCCAACAUUUGACUUGAGUCAGCUCUUUUUUGGGGGUCCAUAUCUUUUCAUUAAGUAUAAGGGGAGCCUUACUAAUGAACUUGUAGUUAAAUGUAUGCUUAAAAAUGGAGAUGAGGAUGAAGUGUACAUUUUUAGACAACUACAUCAAGACCUUUCACCUGAAUUCCACCCUCCUGGCUAUCUUCUACUUUUCUGCCCAUCUUACUUACUCCUGACUGUGCUAAAUACUUUUGUCAAGAUUUCUGAAGAUGCUGACCCCCAACUUCUAAAAAAGGCAUCGUGAACAAGGCAGACAUUCUUGCUGUCAUAACACUGAACACAUCACACUGAACAGUCAGCUUGGAAUUCCGCACCCACUCUGAGCACUCAGAUGCCCCUUCUAGCACUCUUGGACUUUAAGAACUGCUUGGACUUUAAGAACUGCCUAAGGCAGACAGAAGAUUUGACAAGCUUUUUAUAUACACUCAGAAGAAAUGAUAUGUUGUGGCAUAAUGUUUUGUGACAAUGUAUGUAGGAAGAUACAAGAUAAAUUUCAACACCAGCUUUACUGCAAUGCAGGGUGAAUAGGAAUGAGCAGGAAUCAGGUAUACAGCUAACACCAGCACUCGGACUGAACCUAUUAUUUUUUAAUUUUUUAAAAAAAAUUUUUAUUUAUUUAAUUAUUUUUUUAGCUAGAGUGUUGCAAAGGAGCUGUUUCCCUCCCUGCAAACCUGCCUGGUGUUCAGUUCUGCACUGGUGCAGAAAGAAACUGUAAAUCUACACCGAGCUUGCAAAGGGUAUAUGUGUGCUGUCUUUGAGAACAAACCAGAGAGAGAUCUCUGCUACCAACUUGGUGUGCAAACUGGCAUUUGCCCUAAAAAUGGUAGUUUGCACCUCACGGAACGAACUGCCUGUAAUCACAUGCCAUAUGGUUAGAUCUCUUUUGGGUCCCGUCUUGUAUGCAGCCAUUUAGCACAACCCCAAAAAUGUUGAUGUUCUUACUUAAAAAAUUUCAGUUCAAAAAAGGGAGUUUUGUUUGUUUGUUUUGUUUUGGCUGUUAUCUCUGCCCUGUGUCCCUGGAGGUAGCAUGAAGAAAGGACAGGUGUUUGAUAAUGCUGUUGAAAAGAAAUGUGGGAGAUUCUUACUGGUUAUGUAAGAACUCAGUGCCCUGUGAUAGGAAUGGAAUUAAAGAGUGAUACAGUGUAAGGUAGUCUAUUCUUCUUUUUGGCAAAAGGGUAUAGGGAAAAAAAGGGAAGUUUGGAACCAUAUAUUUUUUUCAUGGACUAGUUUUCACCUACUGGAACUUUCUGUUUUGUUUUUGCUGAUGGUAUUUAAUGAGUAUAUACUUAUGCUAAAGCAUUUGGAAAACUGAAUUUCAACUGCAUCUUACAAACAAACUAUAUGAAUCUUCAUCACCAAACUGAGCCUGUGAUUAUUGCUAUUGUGUUGAGACUAGAAGACUACCCAAACCUUUACAAAAGUCCACACUGAACGCCCAUGGACUUAGAAUUGUAUAAUCGUAGAAUGGUACCCAAACAUUGGUCAAUGACAAGAACAAAUGAGAACACUGUUGCAUUAUAAUCAAUGGAUAUUGAUUUAUCUGCUGUAUCUCGUGUAGCCAACUUCAAAUUUGAUGAAUUUAAAGAGAUUCUUAGAGCUGUUGUCAA